AUGACGCUCUACUACUCUCUUGUCUUCGCCCUCCUCAUGUUUGAGAUGGGAAUCUUCAUGGUCCUCAUUUGUCCGCUCCCUCUCACCUGGAGAAGGCAAAUGUUCACUUUCAUCAGCACAAACCCUUUGAUCGCGAAGCUCCAGUAUGGUCUCAAAAUAACCUUCAUUUUCAUCCUCAUACUAUUCAUCGACAGUGUUAACCGUGUUUACCGUGUCCAACGGGAGCUUAUCGACGCCACCUCGGGAAACAAUUCUCGUGGGGGUUCUGCUGCUAUUCUCGGCCCUGAACGUACCGAAGUCCAAGCUCGAAAAUUUUACUCCCAGAGAAACAUGUACCUCUGCGGCUUCACCCUAUUUCUCUCCCUGAUCCUCAACCGCACCUACGUUCUCAUUCUCGAUAUUCUUCGUCUCGAAGAGGAGGUUAAACUAGGGAGAUCGAGCGGAAACAAGAGUAUCCAGGAUUACGAAGGAUUGAAGGAAGAAUUGAGGAAGAAGGACAUUGAGCUCCAUGCAUUGAAGGAGCAAUCCAAGGGACUUGGAAGGGCAUAUGACGAAUUAAGUGAUCAAGUCAAAGCAGAAUCGACCCCAAAAAAGGACAAAUGA